CUAAAAUGUUUGACCAAUUCUACUUUGUCUUUACAGCAUUUGUACCAUGGGAUUUAUUAAACAACUUGGUCGUCCUCUAUACUGUGUGUUUGCCUUUUUACUUCUUUAUAAUUUCUUAUCCCAAAGAAAAGCACUGCUAUUCUUAAUUCAAUUCAGCAGCAGCCCUACCAAAAUUGUCCAACAGAACAUCACCAUCCUCCUGUGGAACUGGCCAUUUGGAAUCCCCUACAGACUUGAUAGAGAUGUGUGUUUGGAUAAAUAUGGAAUUCCAAGAUGCUUUCUGGAGGAUAACCGAUCCCUUGUCACUCAAGCAGAUGUUGUGGUGUUCCACCACCAUGAACUCUGGACUGGACGCUCCAAACUUCCUCUCCACCUCUCCCGUCGGCCUUUGCAGAAGUGGGUUUGGUUGUCAUUGGAACCUCCUGUGAACAACCACAACCUCAGCAACUACAAUGGCUUAUUCAACUGGACCAUGAGUUAUCGACGUGACGCGGACAUAUUCGUGCCAUAUGGAGAGCUUGUUUCGAAAAACACCAAUGACACAUACAUCAUUCCUAAAAAGGGAAACUGCCUGAUUGCCUGGGUGGUUAGCAGAUACAAGGCCAGUCAGAAUCGCUCUCUAGUUUUCCAGAAUCUUUCGAAACACGUUCCAUCUAAACUAAUAGAAGUAUAUGGUAACUGGCCUAAGCGACCACUGUCCAACAACAACCUGCUGUCCACUAUAUCUCGAUGCUACUUCUACCUUGCUUUUGAAAACUCUAUAUCAACAGACUACAUCACUGAGAAGUUGUGGAGAAACUCCUUUCAAGCGGGAAUUGUGCCGGUGGUGCUCGGCCCACCCAGGAACGUUUAUGAGCUUUCAAUUCCUAGGGAGUCGUUCAUUCAUGUAAAUGACUUCAACAGCACUAAGGCACUGGCUACCUAUAUAAGUCAAGUUUCCAUGAAUAGAGAGCGUUAUGAAUCUUAUUUUAGAUGGCACCGUCACUAUAAUGUUAAAACCUACAUAGAUUGGAGAGAGAGACUGUGUAAUAUUUGCAAGCGUUAUCAUCAGUUAUCUAAGCACAAGAAAGUGUACAAUGAUCUGUAUAGCUGGGUCAACAGGUAACACUACUUAUGGCAAAUAGUUUAGGCUAUUACUUAUUUUAUUAAAUGUGUCUAGUUAUCUCAAAAAAAGCUUCUUAUUUGCAACCUCAAGACAAAAUUUAAGCAUCAAUCAGGAUAUUUGUGGGCCUAUUUUGGCAAUACGAUAAUGUGUCAGAAAACACCUUUAUGAUAUGCAUAUUCGCUUCCUUCAGAAUGGUCUUAAUUCUCUUCAGUUCUCCUAUUGUUUCUCUUAUACAAAACUAUCAAUGUCUUCUUUUUUUGUUAGUUUUUUAAAGGCAUGCUUAGUUUCUCAACCAUUUGUUAAGACUGAGCAAUACCGCACACUAAACCUGCCCCCAUGAUGCAAGGGUGGGGUACUCUCAGAUUGAAAAUAACUGUCAACAGAAAACCAAAAUGAGUCACACCUCACUUUUGUAGAUGUGAGGUGCUGGUUAUUAUGGAGGACCAGGAGAGUCUUGUG